AAAAAAAAAAAAAAAAAAAAAAAGUCACCUUCUUCCAUUCGACUGGAAUAUUGGAUUCGAUAAGGUGGUUGAGCGAGACCGAAGACUAAAUCAUAAAUAUGGGGAAGAAGCGUGUAAUGGUCCCGGCGGAGGAUUUGGACUUGUCAGCAGUCAAGUAUGAGCAGGAAGAUGUUCAUGCUCCACAUUUAACUGGAUUUGGCUUGAAGUUCUUUGUUGGGAUCUUCGAAACACCGGGAAUAGGUCCCUUGAUCAUGUCUGUCUUGAAGAAGCAGAAUAAGAUGGUUGAGAUGCUGCAGAAUACCGUGAUACCUGAAGAAGCCAUGUUCAAACCUGAAUUUCCUCCACAAGAACUGGAACCGGCUGUUGUCAUUCUUGACGAAGAUGGGAAACCUGAAGACAGAGUUUCUUUAGCCUUGAAAUGCCUUCCACAAUAUGAUCCUGCUAGUUGCUGCAAUGGGCAUUCCAAUUUAUCCUUCUGCUAUUGGAAGAUACGCGAUUAUGCGCAUGCUUAUCGUUCAGGGAUUGCAACCCCUUCUACGGUCGCGGAGCAUGUAAUCUCAGUUCUAGAGGGGUUUAGUGAUAAGAAACCCCCGGCACCUCUAUUGAUUUCUUUUGAUGCGGAGGAAGUCAGGAAGCAAGCUGCAGCUUCAACUAGAAGAUUCGAGGAAGGCAAUCCAUUAUCAAUCUUGGACGGAAUUUUUAUGGCAAUCAAGGACGAUAUAGACUGUUAUCCACAUCCAUCUAAGGGUGGAACAACAUGGAUGCAUGAGGUUCGCUCUGUAGAUGAGGAUGCAGUUUCUGUUUCGAGAUUACGUAGCUGUGGUGUGAUUUUUGUAGGAAAGGCGAACAUGCAUGAAAUGGGCAUGGGUACGACCGGAAAUAAUCCAAAUUAUGGAACAACAAGAAAUCCUCACGCACUAGAAAGAUAUACGGGAGGAUCUUCCUCAGGCCCAGCGGCAAUUGUAGCUUCUGGAAUAUGCUCUGCUGCACUAGGAACAGAUGGGGGAGGCUCUGUCCGUAUACCUUCUUCCCUUUGUGGUGUAGUUGGCUUGAAGGGAACAUAUGCCCGUGUUGACAUGGAAGGGUCAUUAUGUGGUGGCACAGUGGAAGUUAUUGGACCAAUUGCAUCAACCGUGGAGGAUGUCAUGCUAGUGUACUCGGCAAUGUUGGGAACCUCUCAUGAGAAUAGAAUUAGUAUGAAUCCGUCCCCACCUUGUGUGCCAAACUUGUCAUCAUAUGACAGCUUGAAUGUUUUGGGAUCCUUGCGUUUAGGGAAGUACGCAGAGUGGUUUAAUGAUGUACAUUCAACUCAGAUAUCUGAUAAAUGUGAGGAGGUUCUUAAUCUUUUGACAAAAACCCAUGGUUGUGAAGUGGCAGAAAUUGUCGUGCCCGAGUUGCAUGAGAUGCGCACUGCUCAUCUUGUUGCCAUUGGAUCUGAGUGUCUGUGUUCACUGAAUCCGGAUUGUGAAGACGGGAAACUUCCAAGAUUAACAUAUGAUACUCGUAUCAGUAUUGCUCUUUUUAAAUCAUUCACUGCAGCAGAUUAUGUCGCAUCCCAGUGUCUUAGGAGAAGGAUUAUGUACUAUUUCAUGGAGAUAUUCAAAAACGUUGACAUCAUAGUGACCCCAACUACAGGCAUGACAGCUCCCGUAAUACCACCUAGUGCUAUCAAAGAUGGAGAGUCAGACAUGGUUGUCACAGGUUACCUUAUGCGGUUUGUCAUCGUGGCAAAUCUUCUUGGACUGCCUGCCAUAUCUGUGCCUGUGGGCUAUGAUAAACAAGGCCUUCCAAUAGGUUUGCAACUGAUAGGCCGUCCCUGGGCCGAAGCUACGAUUCUGCGUUUGGCUUCUGCUGUAGAGGAACUCUGUCCUUCCAAAAAGAGGCCUGCACAAUUUUUCGAUGUUCUACGUAGUUGAAGCUGCUGAUCUUCUAUACUCCUUGCUGUGAAUGCCCGAGCCGAACCGUUGUGUGUUUUGGCGUAUUCUUAGGUGUAUGAACAAUAAUUUUACUCUUCAAGUGUUGGCACACCUUUUCCUUCUGCAUUUCAAACUUCAAAUCCACUCGAUUUGAUAAGAUAAUAUACUAUAUAGCCUCUUUUUACGAGGAAAAUAAAAUAUACCAGUCUUUCUUGUCUUAGUUUACACUGUAAAAUUCUGGUAUAUUAUUUUAAAAGGAUAUGAAGACAUUUUCUCUUGAGUGGUUUUUUUUAA